AUGACUACACUUGUGCCUCGGACACCGUACAGCGAUGCCGAGCUGGCAACGCUCUACCCUCCGCAGCUUCGCCUUCAUCAAGUACAAGUUCUUCUACGGCACGGCGAGCGCACGCCGGUCAACGCGCGGUUCACCAAUGCCGGCCUGGCACCGUUCUGGCCCUAUUGCACUGCAAUGAGACAACUCCGCAACGCCGUCCUCGACCCGAACACAGACCGCUUCUCAGUGCUGGAGUGGAGGAGACGCCUCGAAACCAUGGGGCCAAACGAUGCCCCCGUAAUGGCAUCCGGACCAGGCGGCGAAUUGGACGAUAUUUGCGACAUGGGAAUGUUGACAGACCGUGGCCGCGAGACUACCUUCCAGCUUGGGCAAAGGCUUCGCAAGCUUUAUGUCGAUCAGCUUGGCUUCCUGCCUGCCGGUGUCGAAAACACCGACUUUGUCUAUCUCCGUGCCACACCUGUUCCUCGUGCCCUGGAAUCCCUGCAGCAGACUCUCAAUGGAUUAUACCCGCUGCACACCCGCGCCGAGAACUUCCCUCCGCCCACCAUCAUCUCUCGUACCCUCGCGGACGAAACCUUGUUCCCCAAUGACUUCAAUUGCCGCCGCUUUGCCGCCCUGGCCCGGGCCUUCGCGCAGCGGGCUGCAGAGCGCUGGAACGACUCACAAGAUAUGGCCUACCUCAACGCAAAAAUUGGCAAGUGGAUGCCAGAUGAAAGUCCCAGAGUCGCCGUGGACUCGCGUCCUCGGCUGAGUGGCAUCAUGGACACCAUCAAUGCAAGCGCUGCGCAUGGCCCGGAGACAAAGCUUCCGAAGGAAUUUUACGAUUCCAGAGUCAAACUAAUUCUGGAAAAGAUAGGCGUAGAAGAGUGGUACGCCGGGUACAAGGAAAGCGAAGAAUACAGAAGACUCGGAAUCGGCGCUCUACUCGGCGACGUCGUCUCGAGGAUGGUCGAAAGUAUAGAAGCUUCCACCGAUACCGACGACGCCUUGAAACAACAGUCCCACAAAUCACCCAGAGUCCGCCUCGGCCUCAGUGGAUGCCACGAUACGACUCUCGCUGGUGUUCUCGCCAGCCUGGGCGCUUUCAACGAGGAGGCAUGGCCCCCGUUCACCAGCCAUUGGCCCUCCCUCUUAAGUGGUUCAAGGUCAGACAGCAUCGGUCGCAAAUCGACGCCCGAGUUGAGCCCGCGAGAAAGAGAGCGACUACAGGGGUACUUUGUCCGUCUCCGCUACAACGACAGACCUGUCACUAUCCCCGGAUGCAAGAUGCAGGGCAAACACCUUGACGGUGACGAAUCGUUUUGCACCUUGGAGGCAUUCAAGUCCAUAGUGGACAGAUUCACACCCCGUGACUGGAAGCGAGAAUGCCGUGCGAAUAUCAAAGCUCCCGCUUUCCCUGCUAAGCCUGAACCCGCAGGCUAUUGA